UUUUGGUCUGGCUCGAUGACGCAAUCAGGAAGUAGGUGGCUGUUUACCUGGAAGCUCGUUGACUAGCAGGAACAGUUAUCCCUGCGAAAAGGAGAGUUCAGUAAUAUAUUUAACAAUGUCUAGACUCUUUUUGCCAAAUCGUUUCUGUGCCAAAUGUAACCUAACAGCGCGCGAGUCUAUUUUGUUAUCACUGCGAGCAGGAGCGCGAGCCAAGCAGUCGCGGUCAGAUAAGCUGAGUGUUUUGAUUCAGCCACAAAGAGGAUAUGUCGGAGGGGCACGCUCAGAUUUCUUUAAACAUAGGUCAAAGUCCAGGAUCUGGAUAUGUGGUGUUGGUGCGGGGAUCACUUUAGCUGUCGGACUGAAAUGUCUCGCAGACACAAGCAACAGUUCCUGUGAUGCUGAAGUAAUUGAUCCCCAGAAAACUGAUCGAUACAGUGAAGCAAUAAAAGUUAGCAGGGACCUUUUGGAUCGGAUAAAGGUAGGCACUGAGGUUGAGGUCGGGGCUCCAGGACUCGUGAUUGGGGUCUCUGUGAAUGGUGCUCCUGUCUGGAGUGAAGGGAUCGGUUAUGCUGAUUUGGAGAACCGUGUGCCAUGCAGCCCAGACACGGUGAUGCGAAUCGCCAGCAUCAGUAAGCCCCUCACAUCUGCAGCAGCUGCACGUCUGCGUGAGGAGGGGAAAUUGGAUCUUGACGUCCCUGUCCAGCAAUAUGUCCCGGAAUUUCCCCAGAAACAAUUUGAUGGACAGGAUGUCACGAUAACACCUCGUAUGCUUCUGUCCCACCUUAGUGGUAUUCGGCAUUAUGAGAAGGAUGCAAAGAAAGUAAGGGAGGACAAGGAGAAAGCUAAGCGACUUCUAAAGCCACCAACAAAAGAAAAAGAGGAUGACAAGAGCUCAUCUGAAAACAAAGAUAAACUCACUGCAACAGAACAGAACAGUAAACGCAAAGAAAAUGCUCAAUCCCAGAAGAAAAAAGAGUUUGAGCAAGAAGAAUAUUACUUAAAAGACAACUUUGAAUGUGUCACCCAGGCCCUGGACCUCUUUAAGGAUGACCCUCUCAUUUUCAAACCAGGCACAACCUUCCUGUACUCCACCCAUGCCUUCACCCUUCUCAGCGCUGUAAUGGAGCAAGCUGCAGGUCAACGCUUCCUGAAUCUAAUGCUGAACAUGUUUCGAGAGCUGGGAAUGCUCAAUACUCUGGCUGAUGAGAAUGACCCUAUCAUUUACCAUCGCUCCAGAUAUUAUCAUCUCAACAAGAAGGGACGUGUUGUGAACUGCCCGUAUGUAGACAACUCCUACAAGUGGGCCGGAGGCGGCUUCCUCUCCACUGUAGGCGACCUGCUCCUAUUUGGUAACGCUCUGCUCUACAGCUACCAGGUGGCCCACCUAAAAGACACCAAAGGCCUUCUCCCUGGCUUCCUCAAACCACAAACAUCCAUUGAUCUGUGGGCACCAGCUGACCUGACAGAGGCCAGCUGGGAUAAGGAUGGACUGUACGCCCAAGGCUGGUUAGUUGUGGAGAAAGCACAGAAAUACGGCCAGUGCAGGAAGCGCAGACAUUACGUAUCACACACAGGAGGAGCUGUGGGAGCCAGCAGUGUCCUCCUGGUCUUACCCAGUGAGGAGAUAAACCAGUGCCAAGGACAGACCCCACUCCUCCCACAAGGGGUGGUGGUCACCAUCAUCGCUAACAUGCAGUCUGUAGGACUCAACAACACUGCACUGAAAAUUGCACAUGAGUUUGAUAAAGCCAAAUGCCUGUAAGAGGAAGUUUUUUACAGACACACAAAAGUUUACAUUUAACUGGUUUUACAUGAUUUUAUGUGGUUUUCAUAAAGCUUUUAAAUAACUCCAGAGAAUGUCUGAAGAAAUAAAAUUAAGCUAAACAUGCA